AUGCGAUCAUUGCAUGAUCAAGAGUUUGCAGAAUUUCUUAUUCGCAUUGGUGAUGGUGUUGAACCUACCAAACCAGAUGACAUGGUGAGGUUACCUUUACAUAUUGCAAUCCCAUGGGAAGGUGAACAUUCCAUACAGGUACUUAUCCUACAUAUUUUUCCUAAUUUAGAAUUGCAUGGUUGGGAUGCCCCAUAUAUGGUACAAAGAGCUAUUUUGACACCAACAAAUGAUGAUGUCCAGAAAUUGAAUGAUAUGAUUAUCGAUCAGUUUCCAGGAGAAGAACAUAAUUUGUUAUCGUUUGACGAGGUUGAAGGAGAUAAUCAUAAUUUAUACCAGCAAGAAUUCUUAAACUCAAUUGCACAAGGUAGUUUGCCACCACAUAUUCUAAAGAUAAAAAAGGGUGCACCAUUAAUGUUAUUACGAAAUCUAGAUCCUAGAUAUGGAUUGUGUAAUGGGACCCGGUUAUUAUGUCGUGGUUUAUUUAUGAAUAUGUUGGAUGUGGAAAUCCUAACAGGAAGUAACGCAGGAAAACAUGCUUUUUUGCCUAGAAUUAAAAUAAAAACAUUUGCAAGUGAUGGUCUGCCUUUUGUCCUUAGUAGAAAGCAAUUUCCUGUGCGGCUAAGUUUUGCAAUUACAAUAAAUAAAUCACAAGGACAAACCAUUCCAAAUGUUGGAAUAUAUCUUCCACGACAUGUUUUUAGUCAUGGACAGUUAUAUGUGGCUUUAUCCAGGGGUGUUUCACAGACUACAACAAGAGUUUUAACCAGAGAAGGAAAAUUGAAAGGAGAAGAUGGUGACUACACAAAAAAUGUAGUCUACAAACAAAUUCUUUUAUCUCACCCGCAGAUAACAGACUUUGAAGAUAAAUGGAACACAUGGAAGGAUGAACAAAGUAUUUCAUCCAUCGACAAACUCGAUAAUAAGGUGAAACGUUUGAAAAUUUACUCCAUCGGUUGGAGCUCCACAGUGAUAACAGAUAAAACACAACUUUGGAAAAUGUUUUUUAAAUCUCAAGAGCGCAUUGAUAAAGGGAUGUACGAAGAAUUGAUUCGAAUCUUUAUAAGGGAAAAAGAAAAUACAUCGAAUAGAGAUUUCAUGUUCGGCAUUCCUCUUAAAGAACGUCAUUGA